UUCAAGGCUUCAGUUCUUGAGCUGUAGGGACAUAGUGCGGAGAUACUUUAGUGUUGAACUGUAGGGCCGCAGUGCGAUCUAGUUCAGGGACACUUGAGAGCGGUUAUUUGCUGAUAAAGAACCUUCAGGGGGUGAGUUAAGGGGAUUUGACUACCGCCAGCUGCAUCGUAGUGUUAACUCAACCAGCUCGAUGUACUGAUGAAUUGAUUCCUUCAAAACUGCUUGUCGACUUAUAGUACUUACGCCUUCAUUACGAGCUGCCUGAAGAAGGGUGUGCUCUGUGUGGUCUUCACCCAGAGUAGAUUCACUGAUACUGCAGGCUUUACUUUCAUCAUUCACAGGAGAAUAAUUGUCGAGGGAUGACUCGAAAGUAAUUGUCUCGACCUAUGAUGUCCUCUGGUCCUCCUGAAUUGUUAACAGCUUGUGCUCGAUGGCCUUGAGCCUGUCAUGGAGCUGCUCAAUGUUUUUUUCAGCCAUCACAGCCCGAAUCUGCUCUAAUAGUCGAGUAAUCUCCUGGACCAACUGUUUCUUGCUCGCCUCAGCAACUUCAGCUAUCUCAUGCAUUCCCAUGAAUGCAAUCAAAUUGCUGUUUAAUGGCUCAGCGACCUCUCGAAGUUUAUUUUGCAAAGCUUGGUUUUUCGCAAGAAGGUCCUGAUGCUCGAGAGGGCAAUUGACGACAGGGCCCCUCUCAAUGGGCUUGAGUUUUAACUGCUUUAUACGCAGAGUAAGAUGGUCACCUUCUGUAGCCUUGGACUGCUGCUUGACAAUAGGCUUAUUUUUUAUUUUGCUGGUCCUGUCUGUGCACCUCAAUGGGCUGAAGGUCUCAAAAUUAUUGUCUGACGGACUGACGUAGGCGAUCAUCAAAGUGAAGGAGUUCCCACGGAAGGAGUCGUGCAGGAGGCGAGUCUGCUUGCUGUCACGGUAUCCAAUGUGGCCUGCGUUCUUCUCUAAGCUGGAAAUGAUAUUGCCAAGGGGAAGAAGACCCAUCAUUUUCCGCUACAAUCGCCCAUUUCCGUGAAUUAAUAAACGUUUUGAUCAUGACAUAUAGAUUGAUACAUUUUUCUGUUGAUUAAACAUUGUGCGAUUUUAACAAUAUUCAAAAUAAUAUAAUCAAAUACCUUGACUCAACUAUUUUAAUAUUGGGGAGGGGCAGGAUUUGUUUAUGAUGCCGAUCUAUCAAAAUGGUUAAAUUCUGUGCAAUUGUGCCAUAAUUUCCAAAUUUUCAUGCCAUGUUUUUUUGGGAGAAAUUGAAAAAAAGAAAUUGAGUGCCUCCCCUGAGAUUUGAACGCUCGACCGCGAAAAUUGCUGAGUGGAGGGAACGAAACGCGCGUGAGGGGAAGGCAGUGCACAGCGCCAUGCACGGCUUCCGAAAGGACUUCUCCUCCUGUUUCAGGGGCGGCGACAUGAAAGGUUGAGAACACAUUCCAUUGUCAAACCUUAUUACAUGCACCCAACUUCGACCAACUGACAGCCGUUGCACUUGACGAUAAGUGUGAAAUUUUCAACGUCAAAUACUUUGUCGUUCAAAUAGGGUGAUUGUUGGAGCCUGGAAAUGGAUUUAUCAAAAACACCCAACGAUAAGAAACUUCAUCUCUGCAAAUGGUAUUUUAGAGGUGGAUUUGCAUUGUUACCAUUUCUAUGGAUGGUUAACACAAUCUGGUUUUUCAAGGAGGCUUUUCUCGUGCCCCAAUACGAAGAGCAGAGAACAAUACGAAAAUACGUCAUUCUAUCAGGUAUUGGGGCGCUAUUCUGGAGCGCUAUCCUAUUAACCUGGAUAAUAACAUUCCAGACACACCGAGCAGCUUGGGGACAUUUUGGCGACAGCAUAAGUUAUAUCAUACCCGAGGGUAUUCCAUAAUAACUCCAUGAAUAUAAUAUUCUAAACACAAUAAAUUUUUUUUCAAAAAAAUA